GAGGUCUGGCGCUCGACACACGCGUGUAAUCCCCGUUUAAAUGUAAAACUUUAGUCUGCAUUUGCUGACGACAAAAUUGGAUGUACUAUAGCGUUUUGAUGCAACUUGAUCGGAUUCAUUGUUUUUGAAAAGGAAUUAGGAUUUGUUUUUCACAUGAAAGUGUGUGGCCCCGCACUGUGUUCUGGUGCCUCCCAUGUCCUGGCCUGCUAAGCCUCGUGUCUCCUCACUGGGCCUGGGCAAUAGCUGAACCAGGGCCGCUGCUGGUACUACUGCUGCUGGUACUGGUACCGCUACUUGUACUGGUGGUGGUGGGUGUCCCAACCCGGGGGCCUGGAGGAGCCCUGUCGACCUCCCAGCCACACGAAGAUGAACAAACUGACCGGCUUCCACAAUAACAAAGCUAUGCAGGACCGCCGCUGUGUCUGUGUCUUUCUCCCCAAUGACGACACGCUUAACGUCAUCGUCAAUGUGAAGACUUUGUGCCAGGAGCUGCUCAUCCAGGUGUGUGACCUGCUCCGACUGAAGGACUGUCACCUGUUUGGACUCAGUGUCAUUCAGAACAAUGAGCAUAUCUACAUGGAGCUGGGCCAGAAGCUGUCCAAGUACUGUCCCAAGGAGUGGAAGAGAGAGGCAAGCAAGGGCAUCGACCAGUUUGGGCCUCCCAUGAUUAUCCACUUCAGGGCUCAGUAUUACGUUGAGAAUGGGAGAUUAAUAAGUGACCGCUCGGCCAGGUACUACUACUACUGGCACCUGAGGAAGCAGGUGUUGCUGUCUCAGUGUAUCCAGAGAGAGGAGGCUUACUUUCUGCUGGCAGCCUUCGCCCUCCAAGCCGAUAUGGGCAACUUCAAACGCAACAAGCACUUUGGGAAGUACUUUGAACCUGAGGCCUACUUCCCCCCAUGGGUGAUAGCCAAGCGAGGCCGGGACUACAUCCUGAGACACAUCCCCAACAUGCACAAAGACCAGUUUGCCCUCACCGCCUCCGAGGCUUAUCUCAAAUACAUCAAGGAGUGUUCCCUUCUGGAUGAUGUCACAGUCCACUACUACAGACUCUAUAAGGACAAAAAGGAAGUGGAGGCUUCUCUUACCUUAGGACUGACCCUGCGUGGAAUCCAAAUAUUCCAGAACAUGGGGACAGUGAGACAGCUCUUGUAUGAUUUUCCCUGGAGCAACGUGGGCAAACUGGUAUUUGUGGGGAAGAAGUUUGAGAUCCUGCCUGAUGGUCUUCCGUCAGCCCGUAAGCUGAUCUACUACACCGGUUGUCCCCUGCGUUCCCGCCACCUCCUGCAGCUGCUCAGUAACAGCCAUCGCCUCUACAUGAACCUGCAGCCUGUCCUCAAGCAGGUCCGCAGGCUGGAGGAAAACGAAGAGAAGAAGCAGUACCGUGAGUCGUACAUCAGCGAUGCGUUGGAGCUGGAUAUGGACGGGCUGGACAAGCGUUCCCGGGCCAGCGGUAGCAGUGCCGGCAGCACUGUGUCUCACCUCAAACACCUGUCUCGCCACUCUACCGCCAGCCACGGUAGCUCACACACCUCGGGCAUCGAGACAGACAGUUUCCGGGCCCCCGGAGGGACCCCACACCGAGCCCUCAGGACUUGCAGCUCCUCAACGAUUAGCCAUGGGAGCUCACACACCUCAGGGGUGGAGAGUGGGGGAAAGGAGCGCAUGUUGGAUGAUGAUGAGAUUGAGAUGUUAGUGGACGACCCUAAAGACUAUGAGGAGCUCCAUGAGCUGGCCCUAGAGUUGAACCAGGACCUGUGCAUCCACAUCACUGAGGACAUGCUGACCAUGACCCCUGACCAGAACAAUGGAUACUCAGGGCUCAUAGUGAAGGACGUCGGCUCAUCCACCUCCAGUUCCUCUGAGACCGUGGUCAAGAUGAGAGGCCAGAGCAUUGUGUCUCUCCCUCAGACUUCCAUGUGCAGGAAGCCUCAGACGUCAACUGACCGCCACAGCCAAUCCCUUGAUGACGUGCGUCUCUACCAGAAGGGCUGUCUCCAUUGGGCGGAGCUAUGCCAGGACACCGCCCACAGCUACACCUUCGGCUGCGCCCAGGAGCUAAGUGACAGCAGCGGUUACCAGGGCAACCUGGCCGAGCAGUGCGCCGGUAUCCGCGGUGACCAGCUUGACUGCUUCCCCAUCAAGAGGACCAGCAAGUACUUUUCCCUGGACCUGACCAGCGAAGAGGUCCCAGAGUUCGUGGUGUGAUGGCCGAAUAGGGGGAGACAGGGAUGAGGAGGAAUGGAUGAGGCAGAAAGGGUGACCUCAAGACCCCUGCUCCCCUGCCUCCACAUCUCAGAUUUGGAGGCGCCUCAGGAAACUGAAUGGGACGAGAGAAGAGGGUUGGGGGUUUGGAGAGGUGAUACUUGGUUGUCUUUCUAUUGCCCUAACCUGUCAGCCAUAACCUGUCAGCCAUAACCUGUCAGCCAUAACCUGUCAGCCAUAACCUGUCAGCACCAGACUUGGGAAGAGUCAGAUGGACUGUAAAAUCCACCAGACUGACAUCACCAGUCAACAUAACCAUGUAACCACCUGAGACGACAUACAUAACACACUACAGAGACAAAUAACUGACAGUGAAAGCCCUUUGAGGUAUUAUUUUUGCCAAAAUGGCAAUAAAUAAAAAAGGAUCAACCUUUGCUGGGUUUCAAGAAAACCUAUCUGCGCCUUUUAAUUGGACCGAUGCUGGUUGGGAAUGGAGUGUAAAAGGAAAAGUAAGGGAAUGUCGAAAUAUCUCACCAUCACUUUUUUAUUCAAACAACCUCUGACUGUCUGCGUUUCAUGUACUCGCUCCAGAUGCAUGUACUCGCUCCAGAUGUUUUCUGGAUCUGAUUCUUGUGCUUGUGAAGAGAAAUAAUACUUCAUUCGCACAGAAAACAAAAACAAACGUUCUGAUGUUAACACAUUUGCGUGUGCCUACUUCGACUUUACUAAUGCAGUGCAAACAAACAAACACACACACAGCGAAGAUAUCAAAAUAUUCUGCCAUGGAGAGUAGAUCCCACUCUCCUUUCCCUACAGAAAGAAGGGAACUCUCAUUGAUAGUCAAACUAGAUGUGCUAUGAACCAAAGACAAGUUACACUAAGCACGAAAAGAAAAGCCACUUGGCUCCAAGCCCUCAUGUCCACAUGAUUAUUAUUUUAGUGUGCAACCAACCAAACAAUGAAAUGAUACAGCCUCCUGAAUCCAUGACAGGAUAUGACAUCACCAUGCGCAGGUUCUGUAUCGUUUCAGAAUCUAGAGGUUGAUCCAGAGGAGGGAAUUUGGAUUGGUCUCAGAGUAUUUUAGAACAAGGAACGCUAAUGAUGUCCUUGUUCUCACGUGUCUCCCUUCCAUCCCUCUGUCUCUAGUAUGAAGUAUGUAUGAUGUGACAUAAUCUGGGAGCCCAGAACCAAAUCCAGCGUGCGCUAGUCUGUCACAAGUGAUUAGAAGUGACGCGCCUCCGCUCCUCUCUUUACAAGGAAGUGCAAUGUGUCAACAGUUCCCCUGUAGAGUUGUGUUCUAGUGUAGCGACUAGACUGAUAUUAUGAACACACCCAACGUGCCUUCAUCACCUAUGCAGGCCCUGAACCACAACCAUGCCUUGACAAUCAAUCACAGCUUCUCACUAAGCAAUGCAACACUCCCACAUGAGUCACAGAGAUCAGUUUUAAGUCAUAAGGUCAAUUUUAAGCUCUUCAUCUGUAACUUUAUUCUUGGUCAGCAGUACAUUGGUAUUUAAAGGCCCAGUGCAGUCAAAAAAACAUGAUUUGUCUGUGUUUUUCUAUACAUUGCCACACUAUGAUGAUAUACAGAUGAAAUACUGUGAAAAAUGCCCUUUUAGUGUAAGCUGUUUGAAAUUAAUGCCUGAUAUUUUAGCCUGUGUUGGUGUGAUGGAGUUUUAGCCUGCCUGGCAAAUUAGUUAACAGACUAAUAAGAAAGAGUACCAAAGAGUACCAAACCAAACCUCUGCCAAUAACAGUUUGUUUUCCCCUCCCCACUCAGAACACUCACAGACAGUCCUAACAAAGUUAUUGUUCUUCGAUAAGAAGCUAUUUUUGUUUAUUUUUCACCAUUUUAACUGAAAACAGUAAGCUACUUAACUGUUACCCAGAAAUGAUUUGAUAUUGAGAUAAAAAUGGCUGCAUUGGACCUUUAAUCAUUGACUUCAGAGUUUAAACAUCGUUAUUCAAACAGUUUUAGCAGAUUAACCAAUAAUCAAUGAAGGGGAUUACCCUAAUGUCAUCUACCAUCCCUAGCCUAGCUUUAUGUUAAACGUGUCACUUAUUUAAAGCUGUGGUAGUUAGGUUCCUGUCAUGUGAAAUGUAGCCCAGAUGACGUCAUGGGCUGGUUCAAGACUUCCCGACUACAUCAUUGGCUGUGCCAGGUCUGAUGCUUGGGGCAGGAUGAGUUUCUACAUGCCCUCACCUGUCUGUCUGUGUACAGAGCUGAGGAAAGCUUAGAUGUAAUCUACACACACACACACACACACACACACACACACACACAUACAUACACACACACACACACACA